AUGGCUUGUUCAGAAAAUGUUAAACAAUGGCUUAUGAAUUAUAUUAAGAGACAUGGUGGUCCUUAUGAAAUCUCUCAGGACUGUAAACAGUCAUGGGAAAAGAUGCAGGAGUUUUUAGGAGAAAUGUUAUUUGAUAAAAAUGUUUCUGAUAAAAAAAGAAAAGGGUGUAUUAUGCAAGCAUUGCUAUCAUGUUGUUUAAAAUUAGAGGGAUUUGUAAAAAUAAAGGAGGAUGAAAUGGCAGAGCUAAAUUCAGUAAUUAACAUGAAAUCUGAGAAAUUGAAUAAUAAAAUUGUAGAUCUAAGAGUGCAUGCAGUUACAACUGGUGAAGCUUUGAUUGAAAAGGCCAAAAGGUGUGAGGAGCUUACAGUGGAGAAUGAGAGGCUGAAUGGGAAAAUUUUGGAGAUGCAAAAAGAAUUGGAUGAAUGCAGACAUGCUACUAAUAUGGCUUUUAAUAAAAUGGCAGAAAGCAUGGCACCUUCGAGUAGGUCUCCGGUAUCUGAAAUUCCAGGGUCUAUUGCUAACCCAGGCAUUGGAGAUACAGGAUACAAACCCCUUUAUCCAUGGGAGGAUUUGAAACAAAAGUCAGUGACAAAUCUCCCUGCGGCUCCAACUACAACAACCACAGUGUUGAAUCCUGAUAAUUCUGGAGAGAUUCAGCUGGUUACUAAGCAGUUGAAGCCACAAGAAAUGGAUGCUAUAGUUAGAGAAAUAGGGCAGGUCCCUCAGCAGGAUAUCAAUCGCUUUUUGCAAUGGUUUUGUGGAUUUCAAAGAGUGAAAGAGAUGUAUAGUUUGACAACUAGUGAUAUGGAGAGGGUGCUGCAGAGAGUUGUUGGAAAUGGAUUGUGGGUCAGGAUUGUACAGACAUGUGGUCAGCAGCGUAGAACUAGGGAUAUGUUGAAAGAGAUCUUGAGAGCACUUUAUGGAGUUACAUCAAAUGUGUCAUUGUCUGGAAAAAUUAAACAGCUGAAACAAGAGUCUCCGUAUGAAUUGUCAGCUAGAAUCUCCACAGUGAUGGAACAGUUUGGUGUCAGUAAUCCUGGUUUUGAAGAGGGAGGGCUGGUGCAUAGAUCAAUGUUUUUGGAUGCAUUAGAGGAGGAUGUUAAAGAUGAGAUAUUAUCUGUAACCCCAAACCCAUCAGAAAUGUGUGAUUUACUGUUAAGAGCUGAUAAUUUGUGGCGAAGAAAGGUUAAAAAUGAGAGUUUUGCUGUAGAUGCUGCAAGGAUUUUCAGAGUAGAGGGGCCAGAGAGGAGAGAUAGGUCUGCCAUGUAUCCUCAGAAACCAUUAAGGGGAAAUAGAUUUCAGCAUAUAGGAAAUUCUAGAGGUGAGAAUGAAUCUGGUAGUGAAAAGAAGGCAAAGAGUGAUACAUUUGUAAAACCAUGGGUUCCUUUCCAUGAAAUUAAAGAUGAAAGAGAUCGGUUAAAGGAAGAAUUGAACAAGGUAAAAUAUGAAUUGGAUAAGAUCAAGAGGGCAGAGUCUAGGGUGGCUACUGUGGAAGAUAGUAAGGUAAUGCAUCCAAAAGAAUCCCUUGAGUGUUAG